AUGGCCGAUAGAGCUGAUCGAUUAGCAAAAGCCCAAAGAUUAUCUUGUGAGCUUUGUGAUGACGAUAUUUUGACAGCUAUCAAUACAUUCUUGAGAACAAAGUGGCAGAAAGCGAACUUUGGUUUGCCUAAUAAAAAUCCUAUCUUGUGGAUUAAAUUCGCAAAUAAACAUGGAUUUGAACGUAUAGAAAUGGAAGCACGAAACCAGCAAUAUAUUUUCGAUACGGUUGAGAGGUUUUACCAGAAGGACACUAAGGAACAACUAAGAUUACUAGCAACUGCUGGUAUAUACAAAGAUGAGCAAACCCGACCGCCUAGGGUUCGAAUACCUAAGCUUUUCCGUGUUGUACGCACAGCAGAAUUUAGGGCACUUGUUAUGGAAUUUGUGCCUGGCCAAACCUUGGAUAGCCUUAUGCGUCUAAAGUACAACGCUACUGGAGAGUCGUUCUAUUGGUAUCCAACUCCAUAUUCCUACGAUCUCUCACUAUUUGAAGAACACUUGCAUGAUUAUGCCAAUGCCAUCGGUGUGCUAUUGUCACUACCAGUUCCUGAUAAUGCCGCCCCAGGUCCAGUAGGUGGCGGUUACUCCAAUCACCCGAUCUUUGAGAAUUGGAGCACUGAGGAAAACCGGGCGCCAGUUAUGUACACAUCGGUUGAGGAACUUACCAAACAUAUCAAUAAGCUAGUUCUUUCACGACUUCCAUCUAAAGCCAAACUAGCCGAUUUUUCCAACGAGCCUUUAUGUUAUGUUUUGAGCGAUCUUAAUAACGGAAAUGUUAUUUUUUACAAUAAAGAGAUCUUUUUAAUUGAUCAUCUUGAUGCUGGAAUUAUGCCAUUAUCUUUUAUGACAAUUGUUGCGGACCUUGGUCGAAAUAUAUCCAAACAUCUUGUUAAACAUUUGAAUCUUCCAAGAGACAAUCAGGAUGCGUUAACAUAUGUCCAAGGUGCUUUCUGGCCUUCAUCGGAUGAUGAGGAUGACGAGAUUAAUGGAUGA